CGUAAUCUACAAUUCAUCCAAUACAUAUACUCAUUUGCCUAUUUAUUACCUGUAAUGCCAAGUGUUAAACUGGUCAAUGGUACUUCAAAUCCUACGUGCAAAUGUUAUUGUAUUGGUGGGAAACGUAUCAGUUACCCGUACGGAUGGGUAGCUUCAACAAAUCAUGAUCUCAAUGCUAUGGGUAAGUGGAUAAUUGAUCUAGAAACUUGCUUCAUUGCAGUUGACAGCAAUCAGUUGAUCCCAGACCGUCCGCCCGUGGAACAGGACGACGAGGCAUUCGCAUCGCAGUCUUUGUAUCCAGCUGCUUUGAAACAGCUGGAACAUCUGAGUAUCGAUCGGAAAACGAGUGUUCCAGCACAGGUACUGAGUGCUCUAACGGGCAGUUCUGCAGCUGCUACGCACGCACGUGUUAUGGGACGUGUGAUGCGGGUUGUGGUGGCUGGCUCAAAAAAAGUCGGCAAGACUGCUUGUCUUCAACAAUUGGCUUGUGUUAACGAUAUCACCAGUCAGCCAUAUGAGCCAACAAUCGACGAUACCUACCAAGUUCAAAUGGACUAUGGUGAUCGACCAAAAGAGAUUAUGGUGUUUCAUGACACGGCUGGACUGAACGAAUAUGGACCCGUUGAGUUGAGGAGACCGUACAUACAGGUUGCCGAUGCGUUCGUCCUGGUCUAUUCGGUUCUAGAUCAUGAGUCGUUUAAUCGAAUGGAUAUGUUGAAGAAGUUUAUCGAUAAGCAGUUCGGAAAAGAUAAAAAAGAAGUGCCGAUUGUUGUUUUGGGGACGAUGUGCGAUUUACCGGGUCAUAAAGUAGACAGUGAUUUUGCACAAAAUUGGGCGAAUCGAGAGAAAGUGAAAUUGUAUGAGGUGACAGCGAAAGAUCGAAAUACUCUCGUAGAUUUGGUAAUCUAUUUGGGAGGUCGACAUUUUCAUUCACAGCGUGAAUCGAAAUUUUCGUUAUCGAAGAAAUUAAAGCCAGAAAAAUCAAAUGCGGCCAUACAAAUGGAUAUAUGA